UCAAGAUCCCAGGAACCCCUCCCUGAAGGAUGGGAAGAACGCCAGGUUAGUAACUAAAUACAUAAUAAGCUGAUCAUUAUCUAAGGAGGGCUGUAGCCAGACUUUUGGGAUAUUAUGAUAGACCCGUUAAGAUCUGUGAUCUCCCCUGGUGAGAGCUCCAAGGGGAUAUGUAGACAUGACCCCGGAAAAAGCUUGGAAGGCUUGAAUCCUUGGAACAAUAUUACAUGUAUUAUAUUAAUUUCAUAACACAAGAUCGAAGGAGGUUCAGCGCUUUGUAUGCAAUUUGACAACUUAUAGGCAAAAUGACUGGCUCAAAAAGUUUGUCAUUAACACGUCAUAUUGGUCUUUCUUAGAAUUUAAUUUUAUAGGUUUUUCUUACAUCUUUUAACAGGAUGCUAAUGGUAGAACAUUUUAUAUUGACCAUUCAACAAGAACGACCGCAUGGGUGAGGCCCACUGGAAUAAGGUAUGUUUAGUGAUUGCUUGACAGAUACGGUGCAUAAAAGUAGUAAACUUUUAUUAUCAUUAUUAUUUUUUAUGGAUAGAAAGAUUCUUUUCUUGAGCAGUCAUGUACUUUCACUUCUCAAUCCCUGCUCUUUUUGUUGUUUAUGUAUUUUUUUUGCUUCAAUUUUAGCUAAUAAGCUUAAAUUGUAUUUUCUUUUUCUCUUCAAGCAGAUGAAACAAGGGAAAAAACCAAACGAAAAUAAAAUUAAAACCAAGGAUAAAUUAAACUACAGCCGUAUAUUUUGCAUACAAGUUUGGUAUUAUAUGGCCAACUGUCAGUAACCUUUUGCUUAUCUGUUGGUUAAGUAUUGGUAGAAAGAUUUUUUAGGUAGCUGGUUCCUCACAGUUACCUAUGCCUAUUUUAUACAAGCUCUAAAAAAUCUGACUCUCCAUUUGAAUCAACUUAUGUUACUACAAAUAUUACCCGUAAGAAGCAAUGUGCUCUAUAUUCCAGUACUGAUCUUGUAACCCUUUCUUCCAGUGAAUCAGCACAUCAACAUGAAGUUGAACAGAAUGAUGCAAGAAGAGAGAGAAACUUUAGAAUAAGGCGGCACCUGAGUGUUGACGAUACAGAAACGCAGACACAAAACACUGAAACUAGC